CCCCACCACUAACGUUACACAGCCGCACACAGAGACAUUGAGAGAGAGAGAGAGAGAGAGAGAGAGAGAGAGAGAGAGAGAGAGAGAGAUAUUGGUCAUAGAUCCUCGGAGAGAGAGAGAGAGAGGGAGAGAGAAAUUGGUCAUAGAUCCAGAGAGAGAGAGAGAGAGGGAGGGAGAGAGAGAGAGAGAGGAUUCAGGGAGGUGGUGAGAGAUGGACAAAAGCUGUCACUCAUCAGGGGACUCAACUACCACCACUAAUUCUACCAGCAGCAGCAGCAACAACAACAACAACAAUACAGAUCAAUACCUCAGACACCUCAACAAGAUAUCUCACAAGAUCUCCAAGCCCACCACCACUAGACCCACUUUCGAUCAUCUCCCCCAACGGAAUAUUCCCCAACCACCACCACCUCCGCCGCCGCCGCACCACCUCCCCCCGCCGCCUCCCCCGCCGCAACAACAACAACAACAGCAGCAGCAGCACCAGCCUCCGGUUUACAACAUCAAGAAGAGCGAUUUCCGAGACGUCGUCCAAAAGCUAACCGGUUCACCGGCCCACGAGCGGUUCACCACCCCUCCCCCGAUCCAACCUCCCAAGCCCCCCAGUUCCCGCCUGCAGCGAAUCCGCCCUCCCCCACUCGCGCAGCUUGGCCACCGCCCCCCUCCCUUGCUAAACAACGCCGUCCCGAUCCUAAACCCUAACAACAGCAACAACAACCAGAGACAGGUGGCGCCGCCGCCGCUCUCCCCGCUGCCGCCGUUCCCGUCCGUCCACGCGGCGGCCGAGUCGCCGAUCUCCGCCUACAUGCGCUACCUACAAACAACGACCCAGCAACAGCCUCUGCUUCCUCCGCCACCGCAGCACGCGGCGUCGGCCUCCGCGGGCCAAUCGGCCUUCCUGUUCCCGUCGUCGCCGGUGCCCUUCGGUUGCUUCCCGUCGCCGCGGUCGCCGUACCCUCUGUUGUCCCCCAGCCUGCUGUUUUCGCCUUCAACGGCCGGUCAGUUAGGGUUUCAGCCGUUCCCUGUGUCGCCGAGGAUGCCGGUGACGAGCCCUAGGUGGAAAGAUCUGUGAGUACGUUGUGGAAUCCUGACUCCAAGGGUCGGACAGGUAAAGGAAAGCCUUGCUUAGGUUUUUUUUUUUUUUGAGGGCUUAUACAUAUCUGUUGUAUCUGUACAUUUUUGGGGAUUUAUGUUUUCGAUUUUUAGUUGUUGAAGAAAUGAUAGCUGAUACCUGGUUAUUCUGAGUUUUGUGAUGUAUAUGGUUGUGAAGACAUGUUAAAAAAGGAACCUAGGUUGGCUCUUUGUUGUCAGUUUCUUGAUUGGAAUUGGGGGAAAUUCUCAGCUUUA